AUAAACCUUGACAACAAUAUCACGCUUAAUAUAUGGGACUUCGGAGGACAGUUUGUCUAUUAUGCUACUCAUCAAAUAUUUCAUUCAAAACAAGCUGUUUAUGUGCUAGUGUUUAAUUUAAGCAUAUCCCUGGAUACAAUAAUUGAAGAUAAGGAGUUCCCAUUAAAUCAAAAGAGAAUGAGGGACUAUUUAAAAUUCUGGGUGGCUUCUGUAAAUUCAUUUGUUGGCAGUAGGGAUGGAAUGGAACCGGCUAUUAUUUUAGUAGGAACCCACACGGACAAAUUAAAUGAGGACAGUAAGAUCGAGGACUAUUUUGAGGAGGUCAGGCAAAUGUUUGACGACAGUGUAUGUCUUAAUCAUAUUCAACCUGAGCAAUUUGCUAUUUCAAAUACAAGUGAGUCAGAAAGCAAAAUUGAUGCUUUACGGUCGUAUAUUACACAAUUAGGAAAAAGGCAAAUAAAAAUAAGAAUUCCGGCUAAAUGGAUUCUACUCGAGAAAGCACUUAAAAUGAACAUACAGAAAAGAAUUAUAAAAAUUGAUGAAGUUAUAGAAAUAGACAGUCAAACGGACAGCCCAUUACAAACUGACAACUCAAAAGAAACAAUUGACCAGAUCAAACUGUUUCUUUCAUAUCAUCAUGCAAAGGGAACAUUCUGUUAUUUUGAUGAGGACAAUUUGUCAGACCAUGUUGUCUUAGAUCCACAGUUCCUUGUUGACGCAUUCAGGUGCGUUAUAACAUCUGAAAAGUUUUGCAAAGUACGUCCAAGAAUGAGAAGCGUAUGGAAGGAAUUGUGUAAGACAGCAAUUUUACGCGCAGAACUUUUAGAAGAGGUUUGGAGACAAGAAAAAGAUAACAAUUUCUAUGCAUUCAAACAAUUACUGAUAGAGUACAUGCAAAAGCAUCAUAUUUUAGCGGAGGCCCUAGCUUAUAAUCAUAAUUCUGAGCUGACCGUUGAGCGCUUAGGGUUUUUCAUUGUUCCAAGUUUACUCAAGAUUUCAGCCAAUGAUGACAAUAUUAGGUUAUUUUUGGACGGAAAACCCUUGUCAACUGUUUCAUUGUGCUACGAGUUUGAAAAUGAAAUGAUGGCGCCCUUCACUUUUCAGACCUGUUUAGCCGGUAUUAUUGGACGGUGGCCACUGGUCAAGUUCAAUGGCAACCCUGUUUUAUUUGAUAAUGUAGCUGCAUGUGAAAUAGAACGAGGACAUGCUGGUGUACUGAUGCUGUCGAAAAACAAACUCGAACUCCUUAUUGUUAGUCUCUGUCCUCCUGACAAUGUUAAGGCCGAUGUCUGUGAUAUGUUUCGGAGAUACGUAGAGACGAUUAUGAUCCAACGGAUGCAUAGAUUGCAUGAAAAUAAACACGAGGGACAUCUUAUCAGUCAUAUUGCUGCGAGAUGCUUGCACCGAGAUCAUGGGAGCAAGGGAAGUUAUGAAACAUUUGCUAUUGACAAUAUACAAUCAUUUAGUGAUGAGAAAAUACCAUGUCCUGAUAGAGCGAGUCACUGCCUGCAGGUACACACUAUUAUAAAGGAAUGGUUCAUGCCUGAUUUUAAAGUUGAUAAAGUUCCGAAGACGAAAUUAUCGAACAAAGAAUAUAGCACUUUGGCAAUGGCAAUUGGAAAAGGUUGGCAGCUUCUUGGAUUUCAACUUGGUCUUGAUCAAAUAAUUUUAGAUCACAUUUGUAUGAAUAAAGAUACUGCUGCAAUGCGCAUAUAUGAAAUGUUACUUGAAUGGGAAAAAAAGGAAGGGGAUCAAGCUACACUAGACGUCAUUGUACAAGCAAUAGAAAACUGCGACACGGAUAAUUUACAUGUUAAUUGGGAUGUUCUUAGGAAUAUUAUCAACAAGUUCUGAACUGAUGGAUAUGUUAACUGGUGUGUGUCAAAACCGAAAAAACUAAACAAUAACGUCGCAACCCAAAAUAAACCAAGAAAUAUUAGUUAUAAGCAUCCAAAUUUUGCUGAUUUUUAAAAGUGAUAACAUACAAUGUAAUAAGUUGAAAAAUGUUUUGAAUAAAAUUGUCGAUAGGAUUGUUUUCAUAUAAUUUACUCUUAAAAAGUACAAUACAUAUACAUUUUGCUGGU